AUGGCGCUUGCUGUCGUUCAGGGAACUUCUCCUGAGAUUGAGACUGAAAUAGAUUCUGCCAGAACUACUGACACACUGUCACCAAAAUCAAAGGUCAGUGACACUUCAAAGUCAAGUAGUGGUUAUACUUCGUCUGACAGCGAGACACAAACCCAGACCGAGACUGUCAGAGACACAGAACAUGGUAUAUCUCAGCCACCAAAACCCUCAGGAUCGAGCAGAGCAACGAUAUCCUCUCAGGAGACAGUCGGCAAUGUCGGGGAAAGGAGGGAAGAGCCAAAACAGAGCAUAGAUAACCGCAUGCUUCAAAUCAGUACGAGCAGUUGUAGCAGGUCUUCAUCCUAUUCGUCAAAAGAUUCCUUGUCGGCGGAUACAAGGACCGCGAUGACGGCGUCAGUAGACAGACCACUUUCCUCAUUUGAUGAAGAUUUGCAAGGUGAUAUAACUUAUUCUACAUGUCAAACGAUGACCACAACUCUUACUGAACCACAGCAAUUACAAUCAAACGAGAGUGUACAAGCUGCUCGUAAACGACAUGCAAUAUCCUUGGGAACGUCUCCUCCACAAAAGAGACGAUCACCAUGUCCUCUUUCACUUCAGAGAUCACAUUCUCCCUUUCAAAGGAGCAGGUCAUCUUCACCUCCGUCACCACCUCAACAAUUUCCUCCCAAACCACCCGAGCAAUCCCCCGCGCCUUUAGUGAAUGCUGACUCAGGGCAUUUCAACUCAUCGUCAAUCUUUACUAAAAGUGAGACUGAAUUAGAAAUGUCACUGAAAGAGGAUAGGACAUUUAUAGACAAGGAUCAAGAAGAGCUAGAUUUCCCGUUCCAACACAGCGAGAGUAAACAACAAGAUGCACAAAUAUGUAUCCAAAGGACACCUCGAACAGAAACCAGCUCAGAUUGCAGUAGCGACUUACAUGUAAGUGACAGUGAAAUUCAGACCGAAACCACCGUUUCUAAAUCUACCAGAUGUGCGGAAGCACCGUCACCAAAAUCAGAGAUCAAUGUUACUCCGAGGUCAAGAAGCAGUAAUUUUUCGUCUGACAGCGAGACGCAACCCAAAACCGAAACUGACACCGACACAGAACAUGGUGUACCGCUGCCACCAAAACCUCCAGGAUCCAACAUUGCAACGGUAAUCGUUCAGAAGGUAGUCAGCACUGUCGAGAAAAGGAAAGGUUCAAAACAGAGCCCAGACAUUGAUUGCAUCUUGGAAAUCGUUAAGAAGCAAAACAUCGACGACUUCAAGACGUUGGAGAAACGAUUAACUACAACAGACAGAAAGAGGAUACUGCAUAUCGUAGUUUUGUAUGGCUCCGCAGAUAUGGUCGAAUGUAUGAAGACAUGGGACUGGAUGGAAUGGAAUGAAGAAUGUACUAUUCCUAAAAACGUGUUCGGAGAAGCGUUGAAAGGAAUAAGUGUCAGCAAAGCAACGGCAUUAUACCUAGCAACGUUUAUGGAUAAAACAGAGAUGGUUAGCAAGUUAAUCAACUGCGCUGGAGAAGACAACAUCAAAUACUGUUUUAAAAACUUAGAGUUGAGCGACCCAAUGGAAACAGAGUACAUGCUGAAUCUAGCCCAACUAUUGAAACGGGAACAUUCUGAACUUGAGCCUGCCAUUAUUCCAGGUCAUCGCGUAGGUAAAGAUGGCGAACGCAAAAGAGUUUUCAUUGUGUAUUCCAAAAAAAUAACCAAUGCUUCUUGCAAAUAA